CAUAUGAAAGACAUUAAAAAUCAUGCUCAGUGCUCACCGAGUAACUGCCCAUCGGAUAUCAAAACAGAAUACCAGAAAUCUCUAUCUCCCCUAAAACAUCCUAUAUAACCACAACCAAUCAUAAUCCCGCCAACCACAUGCCGCAUCAAAAUCUCCAAAUCAAUUCCUUCUCAUAUUAGGUACGUACCUCCUUCGCAAAGAGGCAACAAUACAUUUUCCAUGUCAGGUCGAAUUUGGCGUUGACCAGCCUAAACCGACAUGAGAACCAAAUUUACCUGGUAAUAAUACUUGAGGGAUGAAUUCGCUCAAAAAGAGUCAAUGGAUGAAGUCCGCACUUAUGAAAUAGUCGAGGGGACGAAAAUCUUAGUUUCCAGAGCUGAACUAUACACAAGGGAACAGUGAAAACAUCGAGGGAUGCAAAAAUCAAUAUAUAGUUUGGUGAAAAUCAAGAGUGUGUUGUGCAACUAAGAAGAAAAAUCAAUAUAUAGUUUUUUUAAACAACGAUCUGGUUUUAUUUAUUCAAUGAAUAACGUACAUCUGUUCGAAAAAACUAAAACGACAACAAAGAUUUCAGAUAAACCGAAAGUUACAUCAAAAAUCUUUGAAGCCAACUUACACUUUGUAAGUUUUAGUGAGUCGCAUGAGCCAUACCCCCGAACGGGCAGCCCAGCGGACUACAAGAGUUCUUUAGUUAUGUUGCGCUGAUGGCCCGUGGCCCAGCCGGCCAGCCCAGCGGACUACAGCGUAGUGGAACGAAGCCAAUCCCUACAAAUAAGGCACGAAUGGAUGCGCUCAAAAAUAAAAAUAAAAAGGCACGGAUGGAUCCCCUCGAAAAAAAAAGGCACUGAUGGAAAAGCGGAAAACUCCUGAAAAUCUGGCUAACCCUCCCCCGAAAACAAGAUGACCAACUUCCAAAGAACCCCAACCCCUCCCCAAACCCGCCGCCGCCGCCACUGCCACCUGCUUCGUUGAAGGAUCGAAAAAUCGCCGCCGGUUGGAUCAAUCUUCUUGCUACCCGUUCGACGAAAUGCCCCCCAAGGUAACCAAGCGGUGGGUGCCGGUUAGCCGACCGGCGGGGACAUCUCCCGCACCCGCAGCACGCAAGCCAUCCAACGAAACGUCCCCGAAGGUAUCGAAGCGAUGGGUGCCGGUUAACCAUAACCAACCUGCGGGGACGUCCCGCGGCGCAGGCAACCCAUCCAAGAAAAUGCCCCGGAAGGUAUGGGUGCCAGUGGGGAAGUCUCAGGGGGCAGCCGAGCCCGCCGAUCGGCUCAGCGACCUCCCAGAUGCGCUCCUGCACCACAUCAUGUCGUUCAUGAAGUCCUGGGAGGUGGUCCGCACUUGCAAGCUCUCCAGGCGGUGGCGCAACCUCUGGGCUUCUGCACCCUGCAUCGACAUUCGUGUGGGGCGCCAUGAUAGACCACCCACGGAUAUGGUCAAGUUUAUGAACCGGGUUCUGCUCACUCGGGACAUGCUCACGCCAGUCGACACGCUCCGUCUGCGCUCGGUUGGCGAAGAUGAUUUCUACGAGACUUAUAAUAAUGGCAAUGUCAAGAGGUGGAUCCGCAAUGCUCUCAAGCGAAGAGCUCGUGUUAUCCAUCUUAAUGGCCAUCUCCACAACUGCAUAACACUGGAUCGCAUGGACUUUGUGUCUUGCCACCUCAAAAUCUUGAAACUGUCAUACGCCAAGCUGGAUGAUAGAGUUAUGAGGCAGCUCUCUUCUCAGUGCCCUUCUUUGGAAGAACUAGAUCUUAAGAGCUGUGUGGUAGAUGGCCAUGAGAUAGUAUCCUUCUCUCUGAAGAGUUUGAUCGUGGUCAAGUGCAAGUUCACUAUGAACCUCUUGGUGGAUGCUCCAAACCUCAUGUUGCUACGUUGCAUCACACCGGAGAAGUGGGUUCCCGUGUUAAAGAACUCUGUGUCUCUGGUCACAGGCAGCAUCAGUCUUGAUGACUCUUUAUUGAGUUCUGAAUUUCAUAAGGAUGACGAUGAUGAUGAUGAAUUCCCUCAGACUAGCGAUGAAGAUGAUGACAAUGAUAAUACAGAUGCCCAGUGUGAUGGUAAAAAUGCUGCUGCUGACAGAAGUCAUAAUGAGGGAUUUCUUGAUAGUAUUUUGUUUGGCGGAUUUUCUGAUUUCUGUGAUGAUUAUCCCGAUGACUAUCCUGAUGGCUAUUCUGAUAACUUCAAAGACGAUUACGAUUAUGGAAGUGAUAUCAAUAGCGAUGAUGAUACAUAUGAAUAUAGUGAGAUUGCAAAUGGCUUUGAAGAUAAAUAUUCUGGAAACUGCUAUGAUGAUCUGGAAUUCAGUAAGGGUGGUAAAAAUUAUGGCUUCAGUGCGAACUAUGGGUUCAAUGACUAUAAAACCUUAGGUGGCCAAAAUGUUCUUCACAGCCUUUCUAAUGCCAGAAGCAUAGAGCUGUUAGGUCAUGCGGGAGAGGUGGUUCUGAGGAGGGAAUCAAUGAGUUGUCCAACUUUUAACAACCUGAAGACUCUGUCCCUUGGUGAGUGGUGUAUCAGCAGGGGUGCUGAUUUUUACAUACUAAUUCGCUUACUCCAGCAUACACCGUGUUUGGAGCAGCUCUUUCUUCAGCUUGAAAUGAACUUCGGCAUUGAAAAUGCAUUAGGAAGAUGUAAACCAAAUGGAGGUUCAUUUUCUUGCAAACACAUUAGAAUGGUGAAGAUCAAAUGCACCAAAGAUGAUCCUAGAUUGCAUAUGUUGGCACAGUUGUUUAAGGCCAACGGCAUACUGCUUGAGAAGAUUUAUGUGCGUCGAAGUGGGAGCUUCCAUCUUUGUAUGUUGAAGCGAAACAGGGAAAUUAGCAUUGCUGAAAUGCGCGACUACCUGUAAAAACCCUUGCCCCGUUCAAAAUACAUAUAAGAAUGCAAGGCACUUGAGCUGGGAGUCAAGAAAGCAUGAUUUUCGCAGUAUGCUGGCAGUGCCUGCAGAUCUAUGACGGAGCUUUACCUUAGUCAAUAUCAUCACGGGAACUUAGCAACUAUGAGUAUUCAAUAUUCAUUUUCACCGCGUACUAUCUUUCUUCAUUCUCCUGUUUCGUUCUUAUCACCGUGCAUCGACUGCUUAUGAUUACCAGGGUGACUUGUGCUGAGCUCUCUUGCUUUGUUCUGGAGUGGCAUUGUUAUGAAAUGAAUCUGUGUGUUCUUUCCAUUGAA